UAGUUAGUUAAAUAAAAGAGUUUGGGUUUCUUCUUCGUAAGCAUCGAAAUCAGAUUCCUUUACCUACAAAAAAUAAAGAAGGGAAAAGGAAAUCGACAGUGUUAAAACAUAUUUCUCUCUCUUAUUUCUCUCCUCCCCCCUGCUUCCUCGGUUUCAUCGUCCGCUGCAUUUCUUCUGUCUCAACAAUGGCGUCAUUGUCAGUACCUUGCGCCAAGAUCUGUGCCCCCAACUGGCAAGUUGGAUCUCUUCCUGGACUCUCCACCCGACGAUGGCAGCCGCAACCCAAUGGCGUCUCCUUUUCCCCCGAUGUCUCUCAGUCUCAAUCUACAAUCUGGAGGUUGCGUGCAACAACCAACGAGGUUGUUUCGAACUCUAGCCCAAUGACUAAUGGUGGGUAUUUGAACGGAAAAGCCAAAACCAAUGUUCCCGAACCCGCCGAGCUCUCUGAAUUUAUGGCUAAAGUCUCAGGUCUUCUUAAGCUUGUGGAUUCAAGAGACAUAGUGGAACUUGAACUGAAGCAGCUUGACUGUGAAAUCGUUAUUCGAAAGAAGGAAGCUUUACAGCAAGCUGCAACCCCAGCUCCAGUUUAUCACUCAAUGCCUCCUCCAACUGUCGACUAUCCAAUGCCUCCAGCUCAGUCAGUGGCUCCUCCUCCUCCUCCUACCCCUGCCUCAACCUCUGCAACAGCAAAACCAACAACUCCCCCAUCUUCGUCUCAACCUCCACUCAAGAGUCCUAUGGCUGGUACUUUCUACAGAUCUCCUGGACCCGGUGAACCCCCUUUUGUUAAGGUUGGAGAUAAAGUGCAGAAGGGUCAAGUUGUUUGCAUUAUCGAAGCUAUGAAACUGAUGAACGAGAUUGAGGCUGAGAAGUCAGGAACCAUCACUGAGUUACUGGCUGAAGAUGGAAAACCAGUUAGCGUUGACACGCCUCUGUUUGUUAUCGUAUCUUGAACUUGAAACGAAGAAGCAUCCUUUUAGCAGCCGGUUCAAAACGUCUUUCAGAGUCCCGAUUUACCCUAAUAUACCAACGUGCUGAAAAUGAGCUGAUCAGGUUGGGUUGGUUUCAGUUGGUCUACUCUUCCUUGCGAGCUUCAGUAGUUUGGCUUUUGGGAUUUCACAUAACGUAUUAUGCAUAUGUACGUCUCUUUCUCUUUUAGAAUAAGUUCGACAAAGAAAUCAUUUACUUUGUGUUGUUAUGGUAUAUCAAAUUUGUUUAGAUAAAAAAAUGUGUGUGUUUUUUUUUAAAUAAAUCAAGAAAUGUGGUGUUCGUAUGAAA